CGCAUACACAAACGAAAAGCCUAAAAGAAAACUUGUGUGUGCUGCUGCAAAAAAAAAAAAUAGCCGAAACGCAUAAAAAAAACAUCGUUCGCGCAACUCAUAAAAAACGUGAAAUGGAUGCCAACACAGCGCCAGAAUCGGAGAAGGCGGGCAAAGAAAAUGCCGCCGAUAAGGUAAGCAGCGAAUCAGCGAAGGCGCAAGAAAGUGCAGCGGAAACAACUGCAGUGGACAGUGGGGUGGUGUCAAAGGCUGGUGAGAAAGAGGGGGAUGCAGCAUCGCCACCCGCAACUGAUGACGUCGCUGAUAAAAAGGCUGUUGGCGACUCAGGAGGAGCUGCGACCGCGCCAACAUUGGAUGCAGAUGAUAAGGAGUCGAACACAACGGCUGGAUCGCCAGCGUCGCCAUCAGCAAAGAAAGUAAAAAAUAAUAGCGCCAAGAAACCAGCUGCCAAGUCCGAAGAUGACGACGACGCAGAUGAUGCGGAUGAUCUGGAAGAGGACGAAGAAGAUCAGGUUGACGAUGACAAAGAUACUGCUAGUGGUGAUGAGGACAAGAAAUCAACAGAUAAACCAGACAAGAAAAAGAAUGAUGCUACAGAUGGUGCCAAGUCCUCCAAGACUACAACAGGAGCAGGAGCUGACAAGUCAGCAGCUGCUAAAAAUUCAAAGGCCAAAAACGGCAAGGUGGAUAACUCUGAUAAUGAAAAGGAGGAAGACGAUGCGGACGAAGAAGACGAUGGUCUCGAUGAGAACAACGAAGUGGCCGAGGAUGAUGAGAAUGUGGUUGCUUUGGCCGAAAUUGAUCGCAUCAAUGAGAACAUCAACAAGACACGUGUCGAUGGUCUUCAGACUCUACAUGCUCUUUGCUUUGGUGCUCAGGGCAAGAACAAUGUGGUGAAAAAGAAUCUGCGUUCCUUUGCUGGCUUUGAGUUUGCCAAGGAUUCAUCGGAAUACAAAAAGAAAUAUGACUCCAUUAAGAAGGUGGACAACAAAACACUGCGCAGCAUCUGUGAAAUUCUCACGCUAGACCGGAAGGGCAGCAAGGAUGAAGUUACGGCACGUGUGCUCAAAUUUUUAAUGGAGCCCGAUGAAUCGCUCUGUAUGGAACAGGGCGAUGACGAAGAGGAGGUGGAUGAUGAAGAUCUGGAUGAGGAUGAGGAGGCCGCUAGUGAAGAGGAUAAGAAACGAAAGAGCAGCAAGUCAAGCGCACCAGCCGGUAGAGGUUCCGCUCGCAAUUCUAGCGGACGCCCCAAACGCGCAACAGCGGGCAAAAAAAUGUCUGCUUAUGUAGAUUUAUCAAGCUCCGAGGAAAGCGAGCAGAAAGUCACAGUGGCUAAACGAAGACGAAAUGAUGAUUCUGAGUCUGGCUCUGAUUAUAAUCCAUCGGCUAAUUCAGACUCCGAUGCUGGACGCGGCGGCGGUGGUGGCUCUGGAGUAGGACGUAAAGCAUCAGCACGUGCCAGUCGUGGGCGACCGGCGCGCAAGAGUCGUCGAAGAAAUUCUGAUUCGGAGGAAGAGGAGGAAUCAGAUAUCUCCGAUGCAGAUAGUGAUGUUCCCAAGCGCAAACGUGGUGCUGCUGCUAAACGUGGCAGAUCCGCUGCAACUACGCCUAGCAGACGAGGACGCGGUCGAGCUUCUUCUGCGCGAAAGCGCAAGGAUUCCGAGAGUGAGGAGGAAGAGGUAUCUGAGGACGAAGAAGAGGAAGAGUUGUCCGAGUUUGGUAGCGAGCCAAGCGAAGAUGAACGUCCCAAAAAGAGUGCAAAGCCCACAACGCCUGCGAAAAAUAGUAAAGCUAACAACAAGUCAAAACCAGCUGGAAAGGCCGCUGGAAGACCGAAGAAAUCAAAGAAGGAAACGUCCGAUGAGGAAGACGCUGAUGACAAAGAUGAGUCAGAUGAAGACGAGCCAUUAACCAAAAAAGGCAAAGCGGCAUUCCCAACGGACGAACAAAUCCGCAGUUAUGUCAAAGAAAUUUUGGACAAGGCCAAUCUCGAAGAGAUCACAAUGAAAACAGUGUGCAAACAAGUUUAUGCUAAAUACCCAGAUUUCGAUUUAACUGACAAAAAAGAUUUCAUUAAGGCUACAGUGAAAGCGUUAAUUGCCACAUAAAACCACACAAAUUUAGAGGCACUGGAGCCUGAGGAUGGGCCAGCAAGCAGCAGAACUUGUACCAAACACUAAAGAGAAAAGAAAUGAAAGAAAAACAAAAACAAGCCACUUUUUGAGAGCUGCUGCGACACCACAACAAAGAAACACCUCUAGUUUUCCUAUAAGCGUAUAAUUUGUACUCUUUAAAACUAACUAAUCUUUACCUUAAAUGGAUCAUGUCCUUUUUCUAUUGUGUACUAAGAGACGGUUAUCCAUAUAUGCAUGUGAAUAUGUAUAUAUGUAAACGUAAUUUGUAAUCACUUAUAUUCAUUUUCUUUAUGAAUGCCUGCACACUCAGCGGCUCUACAAAAAGUGUGUAAAAACCGAAAAGGAAAACCGGAAGACCACAAAAAGAAACAACAAACAUUGUAAAAAAAAAAAGAAAACAAAACAUAAGCAAAAACACACAAUUUAUACAUAACAAUGUAG